UUUGGUCGAGGCAUUCUCUCUUAACUCUUGUGCAUCCUCCAUAUGUCCCAAUUCCCGCCUGCCCAAAUACAGACGGUGAUUGCUAUUUCUCCACCGUCAGCGGCGGGCUUUGUUUCUCCGAAAAAAUGGCUACAGAGGAAGCGUCGGAGACCAUAUUGAUUCGGCAUCUCCCGGAAGCUAUCCCUCCCGAAACUCUCUCUAGACUUCUAACUCACUACGGCGCAUCUUCUGUCCGGCCUUGUACUCAUGGAAGUGUAAAAAAUUGUGCCUUUGUAGAUUUCAAGGAUGAAGCCCUGGCAUAUCAAGCACAGAGGCAGUUGAAUGGCCUACGGUUUCUUGGUAAGAUAUUAUCUGUUGAAAGAGCUAGUAAACGAACUGAGGCAGACAAACAGCACCAGCAGAGUGUUCUUGGGACCGGCAAGGAUUCAAUCAAUUUGAUCAAAGAUAGUGCUUCAUACAAAGAACGUGAUGGAAGCUCACUAUCCUAUCUACGCAAUGAACCAAUUGCUGAAAGACUUGGAGUGGACUAUCCGUUUCCACCUCAUCUUGAAUAUGCAUACCCUCCACCUGAUGGACACAUUUUGACUAAUAUUGUAAAUGCUCUUAUCGCUGUCCCACGGUUUUACACACAGGUCUUACACUUGAUGAACAAGAUGAAUAUCCCUGCUCCAUUCCGGACUGCAUUGCCCACUCCACCUCUGCCAAUCCCAGCAUCUUUCACUCCUCAACCUCCGCCACCUCCUCCUCCACCAACAGAUAACGAAACUACAGCGGACAAUUUGUUGAGCAGUGAAUCCGAAAUGGAGUCCUCUGAUGAGGAAACUCCUCCAUGUGUCGGUGGCCCUAAAAGAAAGCGGAUGAAGCAAGAAGCUAUUGUUGGUCCUGCGGUGAACAAGGAUGUGGCUCAUGAGGCUGUUGGAUUGAAACCUGGUGUUUUGCUCCCUAAAGAAAUGCCAAUGAUAAAAAAGAAGAACUCUGUAUUGCAGAUCAAAAUAGCACCUAAACAAGUUCACUCCGAUCGGAUGAAUGAUGAUUGUACAAGAGAAGUACAUGGGGAAGAUGAGGAAAAUUCAGAUAAUAAGCCUGUUCUGACUAUUGAAGAAUUGAAGAGUGGGAAAUUGGUCCCUGAAGAAAUUUUGUCACUUCCUGUGUUCAAGAAUUAUUCUGUUGGGGAUCCAUCUAGGGUGUUGUACAUCAAGAACUUGUCAAGGGAUGUGAUUACUGAUGACUUCUACUUCAUUUUUGGAUCCUUCUUUGAAAGUACUGAUGCUGCUAGAUCCAGUCUGACUGUGAAGUUAAUGCAGGAAGGAAGAAUGCGUGGUCAAGCUUUUAUUACAUUCCCAACAGUUGAACUAGCUCAAAAUGCAUUGAACCUGGUGAAUGGGUACGUGUUUAAAGGCAAGCCCAUUGUCAUUCAGUUCGGGCGUAACACUGCUGCCAGUACCAGCUAGUUGGACAGGGGACACUACUAUUUUAUUCUGAGAGAAAUUUAAAUUACGACACUCAAAACUUCAUUAUGAGGGGUUACUCAAGCAAGCUUCCGUACAUAGUUGAAGAGACAAUGGCAAUGUGUAUAGUUGUUCAUAUGCUUGCCUAAGAAGCAUUAUUCUGUUAAAUGUUUUUUGGCGUCUAAAUCAACAUUUGUGUAUAUAUCAACCUUGUUUAUAGACUAUGAUCCAACGUUUUGUGUUAGGCUUGGGGAUAUCACUUCUACACCUUGAAAUGGCUAGUGAGUGUCAUUAUUACUCCUUGAUCCACAUUGUAAUGUAGACAAUGGUUUUAUUUAUAAUUUUCAAUGAAGGUAGAGAUGCAGCAAAAUAAUAAUAAUAUGACACAAGGUUAAGGAGAGUGUAAAGAAUAAAUUGAUACUGCAAUCAGGGCCGGCCCAGGGGGUGUGCAGGGUGCCCGACCGAACAGGGCCCAAAAAUAUGGAAGGCCCAAAAAAAUAAAUUAGUAGUAGUAUUACUACUAGUCUACUGCUCCGUAUAAGCUAGUCAGCCCAAUAGCGAAGAAAAAGGUGCGGGACGAGCAUAACAGUCUGCGAAAGAGGAAGCUCAUAGCCCAAAGGGCAUAACGAGUGACUGAGCGAGACGAGCGACGUGCGGACGACUCUCCGUCUCCAGGCUCUGCUCCAGCCUCGAGCCAUCCUGAUUUCUAAGUUGCUGCGGCGAUUCGGACACAUCUAGGACGGAAGGACUCCACUAUUCUAGGGCCCUCGUUUUCUCGGGACCGGCCCUGGCUGCAAUGGCGGUUGUUUUCCUCUGUUUCUUGAGUAGGAUUUUCGGAAGUGCUUUUCGGCAAGGGUAGGUUUUUGGUGAUUUCAAUAUUGGAGCACGAUGAUGGUAGAUUAUCAUGACUUGGAGGAUUUGCAUGGGACGUUGCAAAUUCGAUGUUUCAAUUGCGGUGAAGUGUGAAGACUUGAUGUUUCAAUUCGAUGGUUUAUUCUCCUCCUAAACCAUCAUAUUUGGGGAUGGGAUAGGUUAAGAGGAUGGUUUCAGGGUAAAGAGACAGGAAUUUCUGUUCAUGGUGUCUUGGAGCCUUGGAGGUAUUCAGAGAGGUUGAAAUCAAAGAGGGGUUGUGGCAUGAGAAGUGUGGGUUCAUGGUUGGUUAUGUGGUAUUGUGACCUUUAUGGGUGUGCUAAAAAAAUUCCGGAGGAGACUAUUGUGAACUGGCAAUUUGGAUCAUUUCCUUGUGAAAUGAGGAACUAACUUGAUUGGUGGUUGUUUAAUUGGUGUAUUAUAUUCUCAUUUGUCUAAAAGUAUGUCUAUUAUCCCCAUGACGAUUUCUGUCGUUC